GUUGAAACCGCUCUCUCCCUCAGCGGGCCAUUCCCGUUUCAUAUCAGUUCAGUGGCCACUGAAUUUCCCAGGCAGAAUGGACCUGUUAGCUGACUACGGCUCGGACGAGGAGAAGGAAGCGGCAACCACAGCCAAGGACAUCAAGCUUACCGACGUCAAGCCCUCCCCGCCAGCCGCAGUGAGGCCAAAGGCCAAGAAGGUGAUCGACUACUCGGCUCUCACGAGCUUCAAGAACCUUCCCGCGCCGUUCGCAUCGCCCAGCGAGUCAGCGACGUCAGGGAAGCACGACCACCACGACCAGGAGGAUGCCGGUGAGGCUCCCUUGAAGCAGAAGGCGCUGGAGGCGGCGGCCAAUCGCAGGAAGAGGAAGGCUGUUGGGUUGCUGAGCGCGUUGCCGAAGCCGAAGAGGGUCAGCCAUGAGGAGGAGGUCCUCAGGGUCAAGCUUACAGCCGCUGACAAGGCGGGCAAGAAUGGGCGAGAGGAGCAGGCGGCGGCGGGGGGUGCGGAGGGUGUGGAGGGUGAAAGGCGGCGGGGUGGCCAGGUGGAUGAGGAUGAGGAAGAGGAAGAUGGGCAUGAGGAUGUGAUCUUCGGUAAUGGUGGUGGCCUGCCUGCCGCUGAUGCUGACGCGGAUCGUGGCGAUGAUGGUGGAGAGGAGGAGAAGAAGAGCGUCUCCAAGGAUAAGGGGACAGGUACGCCACGCCCGCUGCAGGAACACAAGCACACCACAACCAUAGCCCAUAGCAUCAUCUGCCUGACCUUUCUGACUGUCUGUCUGUCUGUCUGAUCAGUGUUGGACAGCGGUUUCUUCACGCUGGUCGACCCUGACUAUGGCGACGAUGACGAACAAGACGACGAACCACAACAGCCACAGCCACAGCCUACCCUGCCCCCUGGCCCCUCCCUCCCAUCUCACCCGUUGAUCCCAACCGCCGUCGCGUCAUCCUCUUCUGCUUCAGCAGCAGCAGCAGCAGGAGGGCCACUGGAGGGCCCGUCUCUGCCCGUCGCCGCGGGCCAUAUGGGCAUGCCGCCGCUGGCACCACCCAUGGCCUGGGGGGACCCCGCUGCCAUGAUGGGCAUGGGCAUGGCCAUGGGCGUGGCUGCCAGCGACCCAUGGGCAGACCAGCCAGACGAGAAGAAGGCGCCACGAGUAAGUCAGCCAGCGGCGAGAGAGCAUGCAGGCAGAAGCGGUGCAGCGGGGCGAUGGGUGGAUGUGAUGUUGUCUGUGUGUGUCGCGUGUCGCGUGUCGUGUGUGUAUGUCAGUAUGGCGAGUUGCCGGUGGAUAUGCGCAAGUUUGAGAACGUGCAGACCAUCAACGCCGAUGACCUCAGAGACAAAGACUGGUAAGACAAGACAAGUCAGGUCACACCACACCCUUCCCAGGGCACAUUUGUUUGUCACAAACACCAUACACACCAUACCUGUGUCUGUCUAUGGUGUGCCAGGCGUCUGAAGAAUUCGGUGGCGGAGGGCGCCAAGGGCGUGUUGGGCAUGGGCAGGGAGAAGGCGCCCUGGAACGCCAAGUACUACGACCCCAACUCGGGCAGCACACUCAUGAGCCACGACCCCACCAAACACCAGAAACGAAAACACCAGGUAGGCACCUACCAUAGACAUCACAACAAUGGCCGGCCACACCAUCCAUCCAUCCAUCCAUCAGGGCCGCUUCGCAUUCUCUGGCUGUGUGGUUGUGAUUGUCGUCACACAGAUUGGAUACCUUGCCCACGAGGCUCAGGAGAGGGAGCUGGAGUUGUUCGAGGCCACUGCACACACGCGGCAGUCCAAGUACCAGACACAGAUGAAGUACGGAUGGUAGACAGACAGAACAGACGACCUGUAGGGGGAUCGGUGUGGGUGUCGGUCGAUGUGCGUGCAUCUUUUUUCAUUCGCUGCGAUCGAGUGCUUUCGUUGUGCGCUGCUUUGACCGUGGUGGUUGGACUGAGUCAAGGACCGGGGGAUGCACUUUGUUGUGGGGUGGGUGGGUGCAUCACUCAUCCAUCCAUCCAUCAACGUGGCGAGUGUGAUG